GCUUGUUUACAGGCGGCAGUAGCUAGACUAAAUUCAUCAGAUUUGGAAGAAAUAUUUGUGUUUGGCUUCCAAUUUAUAACAUACUGGCUGACUGAAAAAACCUGGGUAUCAUCAGGAAAUAUUUCUUUCAAUUGUCUUGCUAGUUUAGUUUUUCCAGAUCCUGGUAAGCCCCGAAGAAAAAUGAUCAGACCAGAAGGAACUACUUCACCAUCCGCACAGGAGAUUUCCACCAUUCUCUUUUGUAAUGCAUCCAAAGGAGUAAAAUUCGAGGCCAUUUUAUUUUGA